CAAAGAUGGUAUUCAAUGACGACUUCUCCUCGUGACUUGCCAAGAUUCUCGGUAAGUAUUUUUACUGCUGUUGAGCAAGCGCCAAAGCAAAACUACUUUAUCUUUCUUCACAUAACAAACUUAUAAUAUGGGACUAUUCUCAAAACCAAAACCAAGACCUGGUGAUGUCCCCCCUCCAUAUUCCAACAGCAAUACACCACACCAACAAUAUGCUCCACCACCACCCAAAUCUGCUGAUAGCAAUCCAGACAGAAGGCAAUUGCCUCCUGGUUGGAUAACCCAGAAGGAUCCAAACAGUGGACAGUGGUUUUACGUAUAUACACCGAAUGCACAUACUCAAUGGGACCACCCUAUCGACCGUCCAUUACAGGAUCAACAAAGAGGUUCGGCUGCAUCGUACCAGGGCUAUUCUCAAGGCGGUUAUCAGCAACCUUACCAGCAACAACAGCAAUAUUACCAGCAACAACCACAGUAUGUCCAACAGCAAGCCGGAAGCCGCUUUGGUGGCGGUCGCAUGGGAGGUAUGGGAGGAGCCGGUUUACCUCUUGCAGCCGGUCUAGUUGGUGGUGGUAUGUUAGGCAUGAUGGCUGGUGAAGCUUUUGACCACGAUACUGUCGUUGAAAAUAACUACUACGGUGACGACUACAAUGGCGGCGGCGGCGACUUUGGUGGCGGCGGCGACUUUGGCGGAGGCGAUUUCGGAGGAGGUUUCUAAAGCACUUUGAGAAUAAUCGAAUUGCAUCAUUGUUAGCUUAUAGGAAAUCCAUUGUAAUAUUAUAGCGCUGUAUAUUUUCUCUUGAAUACGGUACUUUAGGCUGCCUACAUUUGGUACCAGUACCUAGAAUACACUUCACACCAUUUCUAAACAUCAUUGAAUAUCACUGAAAUGUUGUUUAGUCGCAGGAACCCAA